CAUGAUAUCUUUUGAGUAUGGUAUACAUAAAAUACAAGUGCGUACAGUAAGGUUGCAGAAUGAGCAAACAUAGUAAGAAGGAGCAAGACCAGGCGAAAGCAAGAAACCGUAGAUUGGAAACGCUUGUCCAAUUCUGUAAUCAUACGCUCCAUCGACCAAUCAGGUAGCAGCAGGACACUCAACUGUCGGUAAACAGCAAGCCAUGGCAUACCAACAAGUCAAUCCAAAGGCUAUAAUCAACACUGACUUUGCUGGGUUAGUCAAGAUUGCAUUUGGUCCCGCAGAACCAACUUCAUCGAUUGGUGCAAUCACAGUCGAGACCAUUUUUGGUAACAUCAUGUUCCAUGUUUUGGACAAGCCAACUCCAUGCAGCAAUCGGAUAUGAUCUUGGCAUCGCUCUGAAAGAGACAAUCAAUAUGGUCAAUCACCGAUUAAACGUCAAUCCGAUUCCAUUGGUCUUGUGCACCGAUUCAAAGUCAUUGUAUGAUUGUUUGGUAACCGUCAAACCCAGCAAAGUCAGUGUUGAUUAUAGCCUUUGGAUUGACUUGUUG